CUCUAUUUGUAAAAGUCUUAAGAGCAAGCACAGUGACUUCAGCUCCAAACCUUCAAGAUAGUGGCCUGCUUGGCCUGCCCAUCUUGGGUCUCUCCAGGAGGACCCAGCCACUCAAGGGUCGUCUUCUGCUGCUGACCCCCAUCAAAUCCCAUCAUGCCCACAGCCCUGUGCCCCCGAGUCUUGGCUCCGAAGGAAAGUGAGGAGCCCAGGAAAAUGAGGAGCCCACCGGGAGAGAACCCUAGCCCCCAGGGGGAGCUUCCCAGCCCCGAGUCCUCUCGGCGCCUCUUCCGCCGUUUCCGCUACCAGGAGGCGGCGGGCCCCCGGGAGGCUCUGCAACGCCUCUGGGACCUGUGCCGGGGCUGGCUGCGGCCAGAGAGGCACACCAAGGAGCAGAUUCUGGAGCUGCUGGUGCUGGAGCAGUUCCUGGCCAUCCUGCCCCGGGAGAUCCAGAGCUGGGUGCGGGCCCAGGAGCCUGAGAGCGGGGAGCAGGCUGUGGCCGCAGUGGAGGCACUGGAACGGGAGCCCGGGAGACCCUGGCAGUGGCUCAAGCACUGUGAAGACCCUGUGGUGAUUGAUGAUGGGGACAGCCCUCUGGACCAGGAGCAGGAACAGCUGCCGGUAGAGCCCCACAGCGACCUUGCAAAGAGCCAGGAUGCCCAGCCCAUGGCCCUGGCACAGUGCCUGGGUCUCCCAGGCAGACCACCAAGCCAGCUCAGCGGGGACCCAGUUCUGCAAGAUACUUUCCUUCUUCAGGAAGAGAAUGUACGGGACACCCAGCAGGUGGUGACCACCCUGCAGCUACCCCCGAACCGGGUUUCUCCAUUCAAGGACAUGAUUCUAUGCUUCUCUGAAGAGGAUUGGUCCCUUCUAGAUCCUGCCCAGACUGGCUUCUACGGAGAGUUCAUCAUUGGGGAGGAUUGCGGGGUCUCAAUGCCUCCAAACGACCUAGCUGCCCAGCCAGAUCUCUCCCAGGGAGAGGAGAAUGAGCCACGCGUCCCAGAGUUGCAGGAUCUCCAGGGGAAAGAAGUGCCCCAGGUCUCUUACUUGGACUCUCCAGGUCUCCAGCCAUUCCAGGUAGAAGAAAGAAGAAAACGUGAUGAGCUGCAGGUGCCAGAGUUCCAGGGCUGCCCACAGAUGGCAGUACCUCAAAGCACCUGCCCAGCUGGCGGCAACCCGCGAUCUCUAGAGAACAGCCUGGACCAAGAAGUCACCAUCGAGAUCGUUCUCUCCAGCUCUGGGGACGAGGACUCCCAGCACGGCCCGUACUGCACAGAGGAGCGGAAGAGCCGCACAGAAGAGCCGACGAGCCCCACAGAGAAGCAGCACAGCCUCCCCACCUCCCACCGGAGCAGCGCUGAGGCCGGGGGCGAGAUGCAGAGCUCCAAGAAGUCCUACGUGUGUCCAAACUGUGGGAAAAUCUUCCGCUGGAGGGUCAACUUCAUCCGGCACCUGCGGAGCCGCAGAGAGCGGGAGAAGCCGCACGAGUGCUCAGUGUGCGGGGAGCUGUUCAGUGACAGCGAGGACCUGGACGGGCACCUGGAGAGCCAUGAGGCCCAGAAGCCUUACCGGUGUGGUGCCUGCGGGAAGAGCUUCCGCCUCAACUCCCACCUGCUCUCCCACCGGCGGAUACACCUGCAGCCGGACAGACUCCAGCCGGUGGAGAAGAGAGAGCAGGAGGGGUCCGAGGACGUGGACAAGGGUCCCAACGACCCGCUGGAAAACGGCAAGGCCAAGCUGAGCUUCCAGUGCUGUGACUGUGGGAAGGCCUUCCAGCGGCACGACCACCUGGCUCGGCACCGCAGCCACCUUCACCUGAAGGACAAAGCCCGACCCUUUCAGUGUCGGUACUGUGUCAAGAGCUUCACGCAGAACUAUGACCUCCUGCGCCAUGAGCGCCUGCACAUGAAGCGCCGUUCCAAGCAGGCUCUGAACUCCUACUGAGCCUGCCCGCUUGGUGUGCCCUCACCCUGGGCGGUUCUGCCCACUCACAUUGGUACUGAUGAGCACCCCCACCCAGGACGCACCUUCCCCAGCAUAGAGAGCACACCUCCCUCCUCCUGUCCUUUGCUCUCAGGUAGUGUCCAGCGUUCAGGUGGUGCCAUGGUAGCACUCUCCCUCCACCAGGUAAUGAGAGUGGGCAAGUGAGUGUUCUCUUUCUGCUGUGCCAAAAAACAGGGAUGUGCCACCACCAGGUUGGACAUGCCAGGUGUUCUAUGUCUUAGAGACCCUUGCCCCAUGGUCCCCAAGCUCGGGGAGUCAAACUGGGCUCCCCUGUCGGGGCAGCGCCCUGGUCACCAACCAAACCUCAGUAUCCUCCCUCCCUUCCUUCCCUGUCUGAAUGCUGGGAUCUGCUGCUGAAGCUCCAGGGUGCCUGCACUUCCACUCAGAAGCUGCUGGAGGGUGUUGGACUGGAGGAAGCAGGAAGGCAGUGUGGGAAUGAUGGGCUCAGUGGGGAGCAGGGCCAGGCAUAGAGAGCACACCUCCCUCCUCCUGUCUGAGCCAGACAUGUCAUGUCUGAGCCCCAGGUUUGUGGCCAUCAGGUGGGCAGGAGCACCCCGCAGAUCCAAGAUGAUCAGACAGCCCUUUUGGGCUUGGAGUCUGAGGCAGGGGUCUGCAGAGCUCCUUGAGUUCACAAACAGUCAUCAUACCUUUUAAUUUGUCCUGGGGGCCAGUUACUAGGGAUCUGGAGCACACCAAAAACAAAGCUUCCCUUUUAAUUUGUGUUACACAUACCCCAAGAUGUCUUUGUACCCUAAAGAUGCUUGGCAGAUGCCUGUGGGUUGGAAGCCGAGGCAUCAUCAUUUAAAAGGCACUUAAGUCCCUAAUUCCAGUCUGUACUGCCUAAGAAUGUGGAGCUCAGCCCCCAGUGAGGGGUUCUCCUGUCUGGGUGAGCCAAGCUCCGGAACAGAACCUUCCCUGGCAUCACACUUUACGUAUACGUUAGCUUGGACUGCUGGUGUCAGUUUUCUAGGUAUGUUUUAACACUGGCUGGCUUAGAACAACAGGAAUGGAUUCCCUCACAGUUCUGGGAGCUGCAAGUCCAAGAUGACGCCGUCCUCAGAGCUGGCGCCUUCCGAGGGCUGUGAGGGAGAAGGGGCUUCGUGCUUUUGCUGGCAGUUGCCGUUCCUUGGUGUGUGGAAGCGCCAGUCUCUGCCUUCAUCUCCACAUGGCACUCUUGCUGUGUGCGACACCAGCCAUAUCGGAUUAGAGCCCAUCCUGCCGACUCCAGUAUAACCUCAUCUAUGGCCGCAGCAACUCUUCAACAGUAAGGUCACAUUCUGAGGUACUAGAGAUUGGGAGUUCAACAUUGGAAUGAAUUUGAAAGGGACAGAAUUCAACCCACGACUCCAGGUAAACGUGAGGUAUGCUGUCAUUCCUAAUUCACAAAUGAGUCAGUACAACCAAGCAAGCUUGCUCACAAUUCCAUCGAAGGCAGGGUUCAGACCCAGGUGUUGGUACUCAGCACAGGUGUCCUCUGCAUGGAAGAACCUUAGUAGCCUUAAAGGCCGACAGAUUCUCCUCCCUCCCUGCCUCCUGACUGGGGCUGGAGCUUUGUCUUCAGCUGGGGUUCUGGACUGAGGGUGACAGGAGGUCAUGAAGCCUCAAGCAAUUUAAAACAUGGUAUUCCUGAAAAACUGAUUAUGUUGGCUAGGGUCAGCAUGAGAGGGCAUCAAGCCUGUAGUGUAACAGUGGUUUAAACUGCAAGUGAGACCAGAUGAGUAUUUUGUAUUAUUUAUAUGUCAGAUCCUACCAACAGGCAGUAAACCAGACGAAGUUCCUGGUGCUCCUUGUCAUGUAAUUUUCACAUUAAGAAGCCUCUGGGCCAGGCACAGAGGCCUGUAAUCCCAGCACUUUGGGAAGUCAAGGCGGGUGGAUCGCCUAGCUCAGUUUGACACUAGCCUGGGCAACAUGGCAAAAUCCCAUCUGUACCAAAAGUAUAAAAAAUCAGCUGGGUGUGGUGGUGCAUAUUUGCAGUCCCAGCUACUCUGGAGGCUGAGGUGGGAGGAUUGCUUGAGUCUGGGAGGCAGAGGUUGCAGUAAGCCGAGAUCACACCACUGCACAUAAACCUGAGUGACAGAAUGAGACCCGACUCAAAAAGAAUCAAAAAGCCUCAGCCCCAAACGCAUGACAAGAUUAUAUAGUCACAACUACUGUUUCUGUGUAGAUGCAUCUACACACGUGCCCAGGAAGAGUAAGCGCAGUAAAACCAUUUGGUUAUACUUGGAACAGGAAGUAAGCUGUUGAGGCUUUUAGUUUCUAAAUAGUUUGUCUCUUGUAUCAACCUAUCUGGACAAGGGAGAAAUUGGAUUUUUAAGGCCAAGGAGGGGGGAUAAUUCCAAGUGGAAGCCAGGCUCUGUGGGUUCACAUUUACCCCACCUACCUGUGUGAUCCUACCUCUCCUGAGGAUUCUCUUAGUAGCUCUGAGGACUUGGGAGGGUUAUUCACCUUCCUGCUUCAGACGUCUGACUCAGAGGAACGUUGUUCUACCUACCCCUGUGUUUUAUGUGUAAAGCCACAUCAUGAACGAGAAAGUGACGAAGGGAAUGUGAGGGAACUAGAAACUACAGGGAGGCUGUCUCUUGAGUUCCUACCACCAAUCCAGAGCCAACCAAGGCACCUCAGGAGAUGGAAUUGGAAAUCCUCCUGGGAAAUGUAGCUGAAACCCAGGUUUGUCCCAUGCAGCAGGAGCAGCUAGGGGUUACCUGCUCCGAGGAGAGGUCUGACAACUCUCCAGCCCAACCAGCACCUUCCACCACGGUGUAGGGGGCUGCACCCAAGUGAUCUUUGUCUCCCUGAGAACAGCUGCCCCUCAGUUCUUCCCUCCCACCCCAGGGGCUGGGCAGCUGUCUGGAGCUAUGUCUCCACCUUGCUCUGGAGGUUGAGACCCCAUCUGAGCAACAUCCUCCCUCUUCAUUCCUCUGAUCCCUUGGCAUUGCCACAAACCCACAGGUCCAUAAUAAAAACUCACUAGCUGAAUCAAUAUUCGUGUUAGGCUUUUCAUUUGAAAAGUAAAAGGUGGCCAGGCAUGGUGGCUCAUUCCUGUAAUCCCAACACUUUGGGAGGCCAAGACAAGGAUUUCUUGAGCUCAGGAGUUUGAGACCAGCCUGAGCAACAUAGUGAGACCCCAUCUGUAUGGGAAAAAAAAAAAAAUUAGAAAAGUUAGCCUGCUGUGGUGGCACAUUCCUGUAGCUACUUGGGAGGCUGAGGCAGGGGAAGAUCCCUUGAACUCAGAGACAGAGGUUGCUGUGAACGGUGGAACGCACUGUACUGCAGCCUGGGCAACAGCAAGACCGCAUCUCAAAAAAAGGUAAAAUGUGAAGCACAGCCGAAAGGUGAAAAUCUGAUGUUUUCUAGGACCUGUAGGCUUUAGCUAGUUCUGGUCACCUGAUCUGGCUGCUCCCCAAAAGAAAGAAUAAAUAACUGUUUCAUACACAGGGUAGAUUGUACUCCUGGUCACACCACAACUUUAACCUAACGUUAGCCAUUUUUCCGUUUUCUCUAUCUCCCCAGCUCUUGCCUCAGAAGAAGAAACAAUUAAAAGAUGAGUCCACUGGAGGGAGGGUCCCUAUCAGUCCUAAAUCAUACUGUGGCACAAAGGGAAGAGAAGGCAGAGAUCUUGUCCAAGUCACUCUUCGGUGAGAUGGUUUUCCUUCCUCUGCCAAAAGCAGAGUUUGGACCAGACACGAGUACUUCUGCUAGCAGAGUUAUGUAGGCAGUUCAGUGAUGAUUAUAGCACUUCAGAAAUGCCAUCAAACAAGCUCAUUUUUUUUUUUUUCCUAAGAGGUGGUCUCACUGUUUUGUGCAGGCUGGUCCUAAACUUCUGAGUUCCUCCCACCACGGCCUCCCAAAGUGCUGGGACUGUAAGUUUGAGCCACCACACCCAGCCUCCAGACACAAUAUUAGCAACAAACACUGUUACUGUUUGGUCUUAAAAGUGAUGGUCAGUGUCCACUACUAUUCCAUGCAACAAGGCUAGAGGUUACAAAACUUGCUUAGGGCAGACUGGCCACAGGAAAAGGAGUGUUGAGGGGACCGCUGGAAGACCAGGUACCUCCAGCAGCCCAGACCCAUAUAGAGGGCAACCAGUAGAAUUUCAGCAGCCCAGCAUCUGGGGGAGGGUUGGCAGGGACUGGGCUCUCAUCAAGGGCAAAGCCCAUGGGGUCCAUUUAUACCUAUUUUGCCCAUCAAAUACCAGUUGGGAACUUUAUCUUCUCUUGAAACCAUAGCCUAUAACCAGGUCACCAUGAUUAAUGUACAUAUAAUCAACAAAGUACAGAGAAGCCAUAGAAAUUCCCUGUGAGCAGAUGCAAAAUUCUUAAAAAGUGUGGGAAAGCAGAUUCCUCAGGAAUACAUGCAAGUGGGAUGACCUCACACAUCUUGGAAUAUCACAGGCAGGCUGAUAACCAUGACAAAGGUCUGUCUUCUAAUCACACAACCAAAUGGCAGGAGAACCACCCUCUCCCCAUCACCUGCUUUAAAAAAAAUCUUGCUAUGUUUGCGUCUAUCCUGGCUCAUGUUACUGGUUUUGCUACACCUUGUCAAAACAUGGUGAGGUUGGAUACCUGCUGUUUUGUACUUUUUUAUGUGAUCAGUCAAGUGUAGCCACAAGAGAAGACAAACGAGUCUUAGGAAAAGACAAAGUUUAUUCUGCUUACAGGUCCUAGAGACAGGAGGCACCUCAGGCCACACAGGGCCACACAGGAAAGACCAGGUGGCAGGAGGCAGAGGACACGAGCAAGGAGAAGGUUUGGGCCACUGUCUUUUUGGGGUUUCCUUGGACAGAGGCAAGGCAGAGCAAAGUGAAUAGUCUAGGAUUGACUAGUUUGAAAAAUUUCUGUGGGCUUUGGGUUACAGAGAUGGUUCCUCAUUGCCUGGCACCAGACUCUGGGAUGCAUAAGGCAGAGGACACGUUGGUCAGGUCAGACACUGGAGGUUCGGGUCUGGAUGGGUUAGUUCUUGUCAAAGGCAUGCUCCUUGCUGGGCAAGGAUUCACUGGCACAGAAACCUCAGAUAAGAUAACGAGGCCUGAGGACUAAACUCUGACCGGUGUUGUCUUAAAUUUCCUCCUGACCCUGGAGGAAGUCAUUCCCAAGGGCCAGACCUAACCUUCUCUUCCUCCGGCCCAGAAUUUUAAACCAAGCUGCUCUUCUAUAACCUAUUACAAAUCAGAAAAUCUGUGAAUUCUACCUAUGAGCUGUAAGCCUCUGCUUCAAAGUAUCCUGCCCUUUUGAGGCUAAACCAAGACAUCAUUUCAAUGUAUUAAUUCAUGAAUUUGCCUGUAAUUUCUGCUUUCCUAAAAUUUACCCCUGCCUUUAUGUUUCUCCUUCUUUUUUUUCUUUUCUUUUUUAAAUGACGAGUCAAAUGCAGUAGUGAGAAGCGGGGGAUGAGUAGAACAAGGCAUUUGAUGUGUAACUGACUGAGCAGUUGAGGUAACUCAUUGCCUUGGCACCAGCCACCUCGCCUUUAAAAACCCUUACUUGCAAGCCACUGUGGAAGACAGAUACUCAGUGUGAGCUGCCUGAUUCUCCUUGCUUGGCAUCCUGCAAAUAAACACCUUCCUUUCUCCUGACAUAAA